AUGGAGGCUUCUAAUUUGCAGAUAUAUUGGCAUGAGUCACAACCAGUGUACAGUGUGUGUUUCCAGCCGUCUAGGGCCGGCUUGCGCCCCAGUGGGCAGAAACUGUUCACCGCUGGAGGUGACAACAAAGUACGUGUCUGGUCCUUGAAUGUUCAGAAAAAAGAUCACAGUGACAAUGACCCGCGUGGGGAAGUGAAUGCUAUAGAGUUUAUAUCGUCGCUUCAACAGCACGAGCAAGCUGUAAACGUGUUGCGGUUCAACCACAAAGGUGACAAAUUGGCCUCUGCUGGCGAUGACGGACAGAUUAUCAUCUGGGAGCAAGAGAGCCCGGAUGGUGCCCGGAGUUUCCAAACGCCGCUUAUGACCCGGGAUAGCGACAGUGAGGUGCAAGAUGGUUCAGACCCACAAGAAAAGUGGGUUAUUUGCAGAAGGUUAAGACACUCAUCUAACUCUGAAAUAUACGAUCUGUGUUGGUCGCCCUGUGACCAAUAUAUCGUCGUUGGGUGCAUGGACAACUGCGUCCGUGUAUUCAACGUCGCCACGGAACAAUGUAUAUUACAUUCGAAAGAGCACAACCAUUACGUCCAGGGGGUCACUUGGGACCCUCGGAAUGAGUUUAUCUUGUCGCAGUCAACGGAUAGAUCUGUCAACGUGUACAAGUUAGAGUUCUCGACAUCGGGGGAUGAACUGACCGAAAUGAAACUGGCAAAUAAGAUUGUUAAGUGUGAAUUGCCGGCAAGGUCGUCCGUGGACCGGUUGACAAUGGAUUUCACCAAGAGUAGGUCCGGUUAUCUGUUCCACAAUGAAACGUUGCCCUCCUUCUUUAGACGGCUGACCGUGUCACCCUGUGGGACCCUUUUCUGCAUCCCUGCAGGGAUUUUCAAGACUCAGGAGGCCGCGGAAUCGGCAAAUAACCUGGAAUGUCACAACUCCGUUUACAUAUACUCAAGAGCGGCUAUAAAGUCCAACAGUAAUAAACCAGUGGCCGUCUUGUCCUUUUUGAAGAAACCUGCUAUCGCGAUAUCCUUCAAUAGCAACCUUUACACGCUGGAGGGAGGGACCAACCCGUACAUUGACCUACCUUACAAAUUAAUAUUUGCAGUGGCUACCACGAACGAGGUGUUGGUUUACGAUACCGUGUCGUUAAAACCGCUAGCGGUUGUCGGGAAUUUGCAUUACACACCUCUGACGGAUUUAUCUUGGUCGGAAGAUGGUUCUUUGUUGAUGAUCUCAUCCACUGACGGGUUUUGUUCGUACAUCGCCAUGGGCACAUCGCUAUUCGGGUCGAAAUUGACCAACCGUACAGAGGUUCUGAAAGAACUGUAUGCGGACCACUUAGGAAACGAUAGAUUGACGGUGCCUUCAGCCACAGAGACUGUGGGAACCCCAAGGGACGACAAGAACAGCAUAAUAAAUAUACUGCCCGUGAAGAAGAAAAUAAAACACAAUGCUACAGAGUAA